AACAAUAAACAUCAAUUAUCAUAAUAGACAUCAAAAUUAAUAGACAAACACAAGCAUGAGAUGAAAUCAUGGCAUUCAUUCACAUAAAAAUAAACAAUAUCACAUUCUAAUACAAUUAGUUUUGACUAGAUACAUAGAGGAGAAGGAAGGUAUCCAUUGAUGAUGACAACAUCUUCUUGGCUGCAAACCCUCUACAUCGACUAGAUUAUGCACUCUUGUAGAGUGUUACAGAUAAUUGUGUGUUUGUGCAACCUUACUUUUAUAAUGGAGUCAUGCCCGCUAUUUAUAGGGAUGCAUCCGACCUAAAAUAACCUAAAUCGACUAGGAAAGAGUCUCCUAAACCUAGCAGACUUAGGAAAAUUCGUCAACAAGGCAAAGGUAUGGCGGCAGCGGUACGUCAGUUGUGUCGUCACUCUGGUUCUUCGUGAUUUGGGCUUCUUGCUCAAUUGACUUCAAAUUUAGACGAUUUGGGCUGCAACUUUGGGUAGCGACAGUUGGGCCCGUUGCUUGGACUGCCUCUCCUUCUAACAUCAUAAUGGACCGAUUCUUCCUCCUAUGGACUCGUCUUGACAUAAUCUCGCAACUUUUAGUUGACUUCUCCAUCAUCGGACCACUCAUCUCUCGCGAAAGAUCCAUAAACUUAUCUUGAUAGCUCAUUCCAUCUUUCAGAGUUCUCCAAUGCUUGAUUCAAUCUAGAUUGAUAAGUCACAGGGAAAUAAUGAACAUGCAACUAAUUCUUGUUCACCCCAUCACGGACAAAGUAGAAUACGAUUUCCAGAUGCUUGGAGCGAGAAUCGAAUACAAGAUUAUGAGCAAAAUAAGUAGCUCCCAAAUUGUCACAUUGGGUCAUGGGUGGUACAUAAGGUAAUGGCUUGAGUGUGGAGGGGGGGGAAUCAAAGAUGUGGAUGAAAGUGGGAUGAGGCCGAUAGAAGUCGGACCCAUAGAAGAAAUAGAGGGGAGGGCGAGUGGGAUUGGUAGUGGGUCGGAAAGUCAUUUUGGGUGGAGUAAGAAAAAGGCUUGGGUAAAUGAAUUGGAUGGGCUAAACUAGGGAUUAGUAAGAACAUCGGUACCCAGCUCCACCUCUGUAAUCGGGGCACCCAGCGAUGCUAAUUGAUAAAAAAUGCCCUUCGCCUGUUACAAGUAAGUAUGUGUCGAGCCAUUGUUGCAGUUGAUAUGAUUGAGGGACCGUUGUAGUUGUCCGAUUAUCAUUGAAGAUCCUGAGGCAUAAACACGAGCCAACGUCUCCCAUGUAGCUUUUGUCGUCGACUUGUUGAUUAUAUGGGUCAUAACUGCUUAAGAUAAAGAAAGAUUAAUCCAUGUUAAAACCAAUUGAUCACGUUCGCACCAAUCAGCAUAUGCAUGAUUCCACUGAGCAUCAAUCGUUUCUAGCGGAUCAGGAGAUGAAUCGUCGACAUGGUCGAUGAGUCCAUGACAACGAAGGAGUGGUGUUGCAACUGAGCCUUCAAGAUGAGGUAGUUCGUCGGAGUUAGCUCCACCAUCAAUUGUGGAUUGGAAGGGAGAGUCAGACGGGGUGGAGACUGAGUUCAAUGAUCAGCUUGCGAAAGGAGACCAAAAUAGAGGAAAAACAAAUUGAAGAAAAAGAGGACGAGAGAAGGAGAAUGAGACUCGUUAGAGUAUUUGAGGCUCUCAUAUCAUGAAUUGAAUGCUAAAUUUUGUAUUUCUUAUUACUGAAAUUAUAAUAUUUAUACAACAGCUGAAGCUGUUACAACAGAGACUAUUUCUGGCAACUAACAAGUGAAAAGAAGGAAUGGAUAAACAAACUGGAGUGAACUGAUUCCACAUUUGAAAGUCCAGUUGAGGAACCUUCCUAUCACAUACCACCAUGUAUAAUCUUAUACGAUAUCAACCAUUAGCACCAUGAUAUAAAGUGGUAAUAUAUGACUCAAAAAAUUUGAUUUCAAAAUAUUUUUUGGUAAGCAUUUGAUUUCAAAAUAUAUCAAAGUGAAUGUCAUUUUUAAGAGCACAAUUAAUUUUUUUUCUUCUAAAAUUGAAUUUUAAUUUAAAAUAAAUAAAAGAGAUAUAAAUUACCAAACUCAUGUAGCAAAAUCACAAAAAAUAAAAGAGAUAUAGCCUGUUUAAUUUAAUUGAAAAAAAAAAAUAGUCACAACAAUCCAUCGUCUCCCAACCCUAAUCCCCUACACCCGAUAUGGACAUGAGCCCAUGAACUCUCUCCUAUAUAUAUCACUACUACCCAAUUAUCGCAAAACAUUAAACACCAGGCAAAAAACCCUAAAAAAAAAAACACCACAACAGCCGAUUAGGGUUUCCGAGAUCUGCAAUCAUGGCGGACGUGGAGACGACGGAGAUGGCUGCGGCGGCGGGGAAGAAGAACAGGACGUUCAAGAAGUUCAGCUUCCGCGGCGUGGAUCUGGACGCCCUCCUCGACAUGUCCACCGACGACCUCGUCGGACUCUUCACCGCCCGGGCCCGGAGGAGGUUCCAGCGUGGGCUGACGAGGAAGCCCAUGGCGCUGAUCAAGAAGCUGAGGAAGGCGAAGAGGGAGGCGCCAGCCGGUGAGAAGCCACAGCCGGUGAGGACACACCUCAGGGACAUGAUCAUCGUCCCGGAGAUGAUCGGGAGCGUGAUCGCCGUCUACAAUGGCAAGACGUUCAUCCAGAUGGAGAUCAAGCCGGAGAUGAUCGGUCACUACUUGGCCGAGUUUUCCAUCUCUUAUAAGCCUGUGAAGCAUGGGAGGCCUGGAAUCAGUGCUACUCGCUCUUCCAGGUUCAUCCCUCUCAAGUGAUCAUCCAUGCAUGGUCCUAUUAUUACGUUCAUUUCCUCGCAAGUUUCUAAGACAGAUAUAGUUUAUGAGAUUUUGCUGUGUUGAAGAAUAUGGAAAAGGCUGAUGCAAAGCCAUUUAUUGUUUUACUCCUGGAUUUUGUUUGCUUUUGGUAAAUUCGUGGUGGGAUUUUGGAUGCUUUUGUUGAUGAAUUACUUCCCCUUUGUGAUGUUAUGAUAUGGUUUUCUCACCAAUAGUUUUUGUUUGUUGCAUUUUGUGGCGAUUCCAACUAGUAGAUCAGGCAUGUUUUGUCGAGUGAAGCUACUCACUCUUUAGUGGGAGCUUUUUAGGAGGAAGUUAGUCUACUCUUAAGUAUUUUUUCCCUUGUUUUAUGUCCAUUCUCCUUUGAGAUUUAACCGAAAUUCUCAUUUAGUGGCAAAAAAAAAAAGAUUUCAUUGGUAGUUUAAAUGAACACGAACCAUCGUGUUGAUUCUUAUUUUUCUUGUAAUCUGGUCCUAACAUUUCCAACCUUCUUGGUUUAUCUUGAAAAAAAAAAUAGAAUAAAAAAACAAGAGAAAUUCAUAUUAGUUCGAAUAAAUAACAAUGUCAACUAUGAAAUUCAUAUAAAAAAGGAUAAUUAUCCAAGAAGUUGUGAAUAUUAUGGAUAAGUAUCAAGUCUUUCUUGUCUCAUUUUAUAAUUUCUUUAGAAGAGGCAUAAUUACAUUUUUCAUUAUGGUUUUAUUUAUGUGAUUGAGGUUUUAUUUUAAAUUGGAAGGAGAUGCCAAGGGGUUAUUUUUAUUUGGCGAGACUUUUCUUCAAUGAGACAUUUGGGUCCAAAUGUCUUAUUUAAAAAAACAAGAACUUUGAUAUAAGUCAUUCGAAUUAAGGAGCCAUUUUGGGUUAAAAAUUACAAAUUUAGGCCCAACUCUCUUCUCCUUUCCAGUUGCAAACCCUAAUCAAGUCGCACAAUCUUUCGCUGUCGCGUGCAAUGGCAACAAUAUCAAAACCAUCUACUUCUUCUCCUUCCUCUUAUUCAGAACCACUCAAUGUCUCCUUCUACGUCGUUCGAGAGGAAGCAACUGGCCUUGAUCGUGGAAUCUAUCGCGAGCUCUAUUGUGGAAUUCAUACAAGUGAUAAUCAUAUCCUAGAUGUGCAUAUGGUCGUACUCCUCGAGGUCUUCUAAUGCAUAACUACUCACACUAAUUAACCAUCAACACAUACACGAAAUCAUAAGGACAUUUAUGGGUUUUCAUUAGGCGACAAACAAUGCAAGAAGAGUAAAGUUGUUUAGGGAUUUUCGAUUUAUAGCUUCAUAAAGGAAAGGUACGUUAUUGUAAUAGGUAGUGAACUUGAAGAUGACCAUGUAAACUUGGGCUCAUUCAUAUCAUGUAUCAGUGGUUCAUCUAUUGUGACACCCUAUCCCUUCCUCUAAGGAUACUAUCUACUUGUGUAUCAGUGCAUGCACCUCUUGAGAUAGAGAUUUAACUAGCAAAUGCAUGUUUUUGUUUCAUGUCAUUACCUAAUGAAGAACAAGGAAGUUAGGAUAACAUGUAGUUAAUUGUGGGCUUCUACGAACCAUAACAAUAUUCUAUAGCAUCAAUGAUAUAAUAAUCAAGCAUUGAUACUACUCGAAGCAUAGAUGGGUGAUCAAUCAUUCCAUACUCGUCUAGCGUCAAUGGGUAUCCCUAUAAGGUAAUUUCUUGACAAUCUAGAUAAUACUAAGUACAAUGCAUAUAGUAGCAUACAAUAGAAUCAUAAGCAUCGC